CUCUCAAGUUCAUUAAUUAUAUUCUCUUCACACAUUCAUACACAAAGAAAAAACAUGACAUAUUGCUAUCAGGUUUAGAUUAAAUAGCAACACAACACUAUUUUAUUCUUCUAGUUCAAUAUAUUAACAAAAAAAAGGAAAUUUUAAAGUUGUAAUAGUUAUAGAAAUCCCAGUAUUAUAAAUAAUAUCUUAUUUUUAAAGAUGUCUUCUAUACCUGUCGCUACUUUACACCUUUAGGUCCGAUUUUUCAAUCAUCAGUUAACUUCUAUCUGAAGAAUAAAUAUGGCCGUUUGACAUAUUUUCUAUACAAAAGAUGUCAAAACGUCAAACAUGUUCGUCACAUAAAAGUUAUAACGAUUGGAAAAAUCGGCCCUAAGUGAUGAAGACAGCAGGAAACUUUACGGUAACACUAUGUGAAAUCAAUAUAAUAUCUAAAUGAUUAGUCAUUUAUUCGUAUACUUUAUAGUUAUUGACUCGUAGAACGGUAGAUACCAAUGUACAUACAUAAUUAGUAUUUACUUAUUCACAUAGAAAUUAGCAUAAAGUUGUAUUAUUACCGUUUAUUAUUAAUGUUGCGAUCUUUAACAUAACAAUAAAAGAUAAUAAGGUAUUUUACUGAAAACAUCUAAUUAGUCCUUCAGUUAGAUUUAAAUAAAGUAUUGGAUACAUAUUUUGUAUUUAACCGAUAAAGAUAUACGAAGAAUGCAUCGAUUUUGAUGAAAUUGUAAAAGUAGGGGCUGAUAAUGUCAGUUGUCGGUAAAAAUAAUGACCAGUGACGUCACACAAGAUUUCAACUUACUGUAGCAAUUUAUUUUUGUUUACGAGAAAAUGGAUGAAAAUCUAACUGACAGACUCGUUAGAUUUUUUAGUCAAAUACGCAAUUAUUAAGUCUACAUAUAUUAGCUAUCACAAUGUGAGUACUAGGUACCUUUAGUAAUACAUACUUUCAAAUACAACACCUAUUAUAAAAAUAUUAUUCGUAAAGUUGGUUGGAAAGUCAACGUAGCGUGGUCGAGUCAGUGUAGUAUACGUAAAUUAAUUAUCAAUUACCUAAUUGUUUCUUCUAACAAGUGUUUUACCGUAUUAUUAUGUCUAUUCACGUAUUCCAUUAAAAUCCGAAGUCAUUUAGUGGAAAUCGUUCCCUAUUAUUCAAACGCAUGAUCAAGUGAUUCAGUAUGAUUUCUACCCUACGCAGUAACCAGAAGGGUCAAUUUACACAUCAGGCGAUGGUUUACCUCCAAAAUGCAAAAAAAUAUUUACUAAUCUCCUAAGUUAGGUACCUUAGUCAUUUAUCAAUUAGUUAAUAAUAAUUAUAAAUUGUUUAUCAAGGGUCGUGUGGCGCCAGUUUAUGAUUAAAGACAAAACAACGUGACUUGCAUCUCUAUUAGUUGUAGAUAAACUAUUGUUUAUUAGAACUAUCUGAAUUAUUAUUAGUUUUUGGCACAACAUACUUGUUGGGAGAAAUCUUACAAUUUGCUUCUGUAUGGUCUACAAAGUAAUAUCUAUAGGUAUACAUAUCUGUAUCUCAAGUCAUAAUAAAUAAUCAUAUCUUGACUUCUUCUUAAUGAAUCAUUAUUAAUCCCUUUAACCUCUCCUAUCUAACUUUCCCAAGAUUUUCCUAUAGUUUACGAUGCCCAUUUUCUAGGCAGGGAAAUUCAAUGUUUAUGUGUCACUUGUUUUGAGUUUAAAGCAAAGUAUUUAUCAGAAUCCGUGUGAUAAGUAUUUUUACCCCCGACGCAAAAACGACGGGGUGUUAUAAGUAUGACGUGAGUGUGUGUGUAUUUGUCUGUCUGUUGCAGCGUAGCAACCAAACGGAUGAUCCGAAUUUAAUUCUUUUUAAAGUGUGUCAUGUGAAUGUUACACGCUCAGUUUAAUUGCAAGCAUAUGUGGGAUCUGAUAUUUGAAACACUAAUGUCUUCUAAAACCACUGAGCUGGUCUGCUGUUAGGGCUCGAAGAUAGGAGACGUAACCCUGGACUGCUUUUUAGUAAACCUUCCGAGGUUAGGCUCGUUGGAUUUGUCUUAAUUAGUUCUCUUUAUAUUUCUAAUUGACGAGGACCUGAUGCUGGAAAUCUGGAACCUCUGAGCUGGUCUGAUGAUAGGGCUCGAAGGUAGGAGACGUAACCCUGGACUACGUUUUUGUAAAUCGAGAGAGAAAUUGUCUUGACUAGUUCUCUUCACGUUUCCAAUUGCCGAGGACCUGAUGCUGGAAAUGGGAUGUGACUUAUGAAACUGUGGAAUACCGGAAUGAAACGGAUUUUCGGAUGUCGUUUCCAGUGAUUCCAUAAUUCAAGUGGUAAUUGCGUACUUUUUGGGUCGGGUUUUUUUUUACAUUUAAUGCUUUGUAACUCAGGGUUUAUUUUGGAUGUACGAGUCCAAUUGCUUUUUUUAUUUUUUUAUUACCACUUCAAAUAUUGGUCCCUAGUUAUCCCAUAUGUAAAGCAUGUCGCGCGUAACGUUAUGAUAGCUCACACCAAGAUUCAAUGCUUAUGAGUUUAUCUAAUUAUAUACAAUGUAACAUUGGAUAAACGUGUUAGGCCUAUUGUAGUUAAACAUGUGUUUGCGAUAGUGGGUAAAACCAAAUUCAAGACAAGCAUUGUAACGUAAUUUCAUUAAUAAGUUUAAAGGUGGACGGUGACUGGGAGCGAAUGUUAAGCUUUUGCGUGGAUUUUUUUAAUGAUACCAUAUGUACCGCAGUAUGCAAGACGAUUUAAUACAUUGAAUGAUGUAGCGUUAUGUUACACAACGGUAUAGAAUUUAUUUUAUGGAGACCAGAGUAGCAGACCACAUAUUCCUUGUUUAAUAGGGGACCCACUAACACCUAAAGCUGAUGAAGAGAGAUGGCACCACACGCAACGGGGAGCUAGUUCUGCUGUGGAGGGGAUCAGUUUUCUACAAGAUUGAAGCUUUAAGCACCCGACCCUAUAUUUAUGUCAAGAGACGAAAUUGCGUGCCAACUUCCGAGGUCUUCCCCUGCGUCAGAUGCAUUUUUGUAUAUGGCAGGGUCGCAGUCGACGUACAUCAUGAUGAUAUUAACUUAGUGGCAGGAGUUAAACCACUUACAAAAAACGAAAGUAUUAUAAAAACGCAUAUAGAUAUUGAAAAUGUAGACAAUGCAGUUCAAGGGAAUUUAAUACACGUAAAUAUAUCAAUCGCUAAGAAACCGUGUGUUACCAAAACCUUAUUAGAAAAUAUAGCAGACAAUGAUUCAGAUGAUAACAAUGAAUUUGAGCCUUGUGCACCAGAAGUUAAAAUUGACAAUGGGACGGCUUUGAUAUUGACUCCAUUGAUAAAGGAGGGGAAAGUGAAGGAAGCGCGGAAGAGUGCUAGAGUUGACUCAAAGCUUUUCUUAGGAUUUAAGAGUUAUUCCGGUUUCCUCACUGUGAACGAAACAUACAACUCGAACCUGUUCUUUUGGUUCUUCCCCGUUGCAAACAAGCCGUUGAACUCCACUCCUUGGAUAAUCUGGCUGCAGGGCGGCCCGGGGGCUUCCAGUUUAACCGGGCUUUUUGAUGAAAUUGGUCCUUUUACUGUGAUCAACGAGACCUUGAAACGGAAUCCUUACUCAUGGCUGAGCAACCACUCUCUGUUGUUCAUCGACAACCCAGUGGGCACGGGAUACAGUUUUACGGAACAUGAAGAUGGAUUCGCCAAGGAUAUGGCUACGUAUUCCCAACACCUUUACACAGCUCUGAAGCAGUUCCUGCAAAUGUUCCCUGAGCUGAGGCCAGCUCCACUGUUCCUGGCGGGCGAGUCGUACGCCGGGAAGUACGUGCCCGCUAUGGCUAUGGAGAUACAUAAACGGAAAGACAAAAUCGGGAGCGAUAUAAAUCUGGAGGGUUUGAUAAUCGGCAACGCGUAUGUUGACCCCGACAUGAUAUCUCACUUGGCGUGGCCGUUCUAUUACUUCGGGCUUCUGGAGAAGGAGCAGAUUGAGAUUGCGAAGCCGUUGAUCGACUCCUUCCAGCAGGCCAUUAAUGCCAACAAUAGUAGUGAAGCAAAAAACAAAUGGAAUAGUCUGGUAACAGUGCUACUAUUCCUAUCACAUCAAAAGCAUGCAUACAACUUCCUUGAAGACGAGCUGGUAGUCGGUCGGUAUGUUAACUUUUUAAGAACGACUCCAGUCAAGAGGGCCAUCCACGUAGGAGAUAUAAAGUUUGGGUGGGUGAACAUGACGGUGAAUGUCAAGAUGGCGCCGGACUUCUUAAGUACGACGAAGCCGAUGUUCGAAAGACUGCUUGAGCAUUACAAAGUACUCGCUUAUUGUGGGCAACUGGAUCUGAUGCUACCGUGUGUGUUCACCUCAGAAAACUAUCGCACUUGGAAGUGGAACGGCUCGGAAGAGUUCCUCAACGCGACUAGGUUCCCAUACAUCUUCAAUAGUAAACUAGCCGGGUAAGUAGACAAAUACAUCAAUAGAUUGUUCAUGUGAUAGUUUUCAGGUUGAUGCUAAGUAUCUGGAUUUAGAUUUAGCUCUUUUGCUGCUUUCCUUCAUAAGAUUUUUACGCCUUGCGACGCCUUGGAGGUCUUUUUUGACUCUUUUUCUCGAGCUAGAGUCAUGGAAUUGUUUGAGUAUGCUCUGCGCGGCUUUGCUUGAAGUUCUGGAAGACUGCCACCACAUGUUAAAGUAUUAUUAGAGACAAAGAAGUGGUGGUAAACCUUCGAACAUGGUACCCGCUGGGGUUGGCUUGAGUAAACGCUGCUAACCUGAUUAAUUCCUCCCAUUAAGAUGAAAUAGGAGCCUGUAAAGAAUAACAAGCGAACAAUCGCUUUGACCUCACUCAUACGAUUUCAACAAUCAGGAUACGAUAGGUAAUUACGUGUUAUCAAUCUGUCCCUAGGGCUAAUUUAUGAAUGCUAGUUCGUGUCAAAAUGAUUUGUAGUCCCAUUUUCCAUGAUGAUAGAGUUUUGUUACAACUGUAUGUGUUUAACUAUGAUAUUUAAGUAAAGGAGCAACAUUUUGGUACAGUUAG